AUGACCUGGCACCAAAUUCUUCCUAUACUGCUUGAAGACCAUGUCUUCAAUGCAAGACGCCAUCUCGUACAAAAUACGAAGAAGAUGGAUUGCCCUGCCCAGAUAACUGUCAGUCAGGUCAUGAAAUGUCCUGGUUUCAAGAUUGCAGAGAACAGUAAAGCAAAGAGGAGGGAGCUCUCAGCAGCACUAAAGGCUGUAGUUGCAGCUGAUCCUUCAACAGUUGAAGUAGUCAUGGAAUACCACACAUGCUUCACCCCAGAAAGUGACCAUCAAAACCAUCCAACUGUUGGAGAGGUAGCUGAACUGCGUGAACCGAUGGAUUCCAGAGUUGAACAACAAAUAGUGAAGCUCACCUUGGCUGGUGCCAGAAAGCUUAGUGAGAUUAGACGUCAACUGUUCAAUUUUGCAAAUGACGAGCUAUUCCGGGGGGAGCAGCCACCUCCACAAACACGUCGGAGGUUUUACCCCACAGACAAGGAUAUCAGGAAUAUCUUAUCAAGAACGAAGGAGGGAAUACGUGAAUCCAAAAAUGACCAGGUCAAUCUGCAGCUUCUGACGCCCAGAUGGUUAGUUGAUGACUGCAAAAUCAAGUACAGGCCAAGCCAGCUACAGGAGGACGGAACUGUCACAAAGCUGCUGUUUUGUUACCAGACAGCCUGGCAGCGAAGGCUUCUCCACCUGUAUGGACAACAGAUGUGCCUGCUUGAUGCUACUUACCGGACGUGUCGUUAUUCUGUUCCCCUCUUCUUCCUAUGUGUACAUACAAAUGUGUGCUAUGCAGUGGUUGGCCUCUUUGUGACCCAGAGUGAGACAACAGCAGAUGUCAAAGAAGCCCUCCAGGUGUUUAAGGAGUGGAACCCUGACUGGAGCCCUAGCCACUUCAUGGUUGAUUUCUCAGAGGUAGAGAUCGGUGCCCUGGAGGAAGAGUUUCAAGGUUCCAAGGUGCUUCUCUGCGACUUCCAUAGGGAGAAAGCUUGGGUUGAAUGGUGCAGGAAGAAAGAUCAUGGAGUGAGCCACGCACAAGACAGUCUCCUACCGCUUCUGAGAAGCAUUGCAGCUGCUUCAACUCCAGAGGAGUUCAGCACACGCCUUUGCAACCUGCAGGAGGCCAAAGUCUGGAAGGACAAUGAAAAAGUGAGGGCGUGGUUUUCAAAUAAGUGGCUCCCAGAGGCUAAGAGAUGGGUGCACGUGUUUCGGGAUGAAGAUCUCAAGGUGGCCAUCUACACCAACAAUGGGGUGGAAAGACAAAAUGAAACCCUAAAGCAUUCUCAUCUUGAAGGUUAUAAGAACUGCAGCCUCAGUGAAAUGCUCACUGUGUUGGUAACUGACUUCCUACCAAGGACAUAUCGGAAGUACAUUGAACUCAAUGUCAAGUACUCCUCAUUCUACAGAAGGUACAAUGAGAACAUGCCAAAGUUCUUAAAAGACAGACCAAGAAGUGUAGCAGACCAUGUGAUGUCAAGGCUUACAGAAGCCCAGUUUUAUGAGGCGAAUGACAUUGUUGCAAAGGGCAAUGGCAUGUUCCAUGUCAAAAGCCAAAGUCAUCCUUGCACACAGCACCACAUCAACUUUGGUGAAAGUAUCAUCAUGCCAUUGUGCACCUGCAAAGACUGGGCAAAGCACAAGUUGCCCUGCAAGCACUUCUGUGCUGUUUUUAAUCAUGUGCAUGAAUGGGGUUGGGAGAAACUGGCAUCUAAUUACAGGGAUAACCCCCUCUUCUCCCUGGAUAAUGCAUGUCUGGGACAGACUUCUUGUGAGAGGGAUGACAGCGGCAGAUCAGACAUCACAGAUCAUACAUACACACCGGUAUCAGUGGAAAUGCAGUCACCAUGUAACGCUUUGCCCGAAAGGAAAAGACCAAGAAAGGUUAAACAAAGAAGGGAAUGUGCCAGUCUCUUGCGUGAGAUUACUGACUUAACAUACCAUCUGCAAGAUGAAGAUUACCUUAAAACGUUAACUGACCAAAUGACCGAGAUCUUGGAAGAUGUGAAGCUACACACUCCACAUGAUCAGAGCCUUCCUCUGACGUUCACACCUAAGAAAAGGAAGAAGGAGAUGGCCAACCUACCUGUGAAAACCGUACCACAAAAGCACCCAUUCACAAAAAGGGUAGGCUGCUUUGCGGAAGCUAUGAGGUUGAACUUCCGGGUCAGCAUGAAUGUGGAGGGAGUAGAGAAGGGUCCUGAUGUCUCAACAAAAAAAUAA